AUAUUUUUAAAUUGGCGGUUUUUUAAAUAGGAAGUGAGGGAAAUGGCGUGCGCACUCAGAUACUGCGCGCGCAUACUGAAUGAUUAAUAAAACACUUGAUGAAUUUCAUUUUAUUAUGCUACAAAAUCAAUAGUUUAUUUCUAAAAAAUUUUAUUAAAAAUUUGUUUUCAAUUACGAUAUGCUUAUUUAUCUAGUGAUUUUUACGUAAGAAGUAAUAAAAAGGUGAACGAUUAAAUGAUAUACUUAACGCGUAAGUUCCUGCAGGGUGGGCGAAGGACGCCAUGACAGUCGUAUUUUCUGUUAACUGCGAGCACGUAAGCUCUUGCUCGCAUUUCUGUGAAAUUCUUGUACAACUUGGUAUUUAUUUAGAUAAAAAUUGGCAAUUCCGUUUUAUGAAUUUGCCAAACUUUCCUUCGAGUAUAUUUUGAUGGCGGAAGGCAAGAGAGCGUGGCCAUUAUCAACGAUUUGCUUGUGGGUACCCAUGGCGAGGUGAGACGUCGAGAGGUGGCGAAAGGCGUCCCCCCUUGCGUCGGGACGCGCAUCUCCCUCUGUACGAGACGACUUAGGGUUGACGAAGUGAGAUGCCAGAACCGCCGACGGCACUAUACACCAUGAUGAGAAAUAAAAUAUAUCACGAAUAUAUUUAGUUAAUAUCCAAUGAACAAAGAUGAACAGUGACCAACAUGCAUUGCCAGCGACUACGCAGGCACAACAAGAGGAUGUAAACGCGGGUCAAAGUGGUCGUCCUUCAUACCCAGGUGGUUUGACUACAGCAACCAGUCUUGGCAAUGUAGGCAGUACCCCGCAUUCAUCCGCGGACCUGCGUGUAGGUACAGCUGUAGCGUUAGCCUCCUCGGUAGCUAAAUAUUGGGUCCUCACGAAUCUAUUUCCUGGACCGCUACCUCAGGUCUCAGUCUAUCAUCAUUCCCAUCACAACUCCUCGCAUAGGAGUAGUGGGGGUGGAGAGGCAUCUUCCAAAGAACCAGCCUCCUUGUUGAAUCAAGAAAUGGCGUUGACUUCUAGCUCUCAUCACCAGUCAACACCUACGCAUCAUCAACAUCAACCUUCAGUUAGCAGUAGCAACCAUCAUAGUUCUUUACAACCAAACCCACAGAUACCAGUUUCUCUGCCAGGCCUUAAUUUAGAUGGAGCACACAUACCUGCCAGUGUCAGUCAUCUACAAGCAGCACAUGCACAAAUGCAACAACAAAUGCAAGCAGCACAACAGCAACAACAACAGCUGCAUCAGCAGCAACAGCAGCAACCACAACAGCAACAACAAUCUCAUCAUCAAAUACAAAAUCAUCAAAAUGCUCAGAAUAGUGGACCAACUGCGCAUAAUCAAAACGCACAGAGAGAUGACAACAAAGUAAAAGAUGAAGGUGGAAGUUGCACAACUGAACGUUGCAGUGAUAAUCAGGUUCACUGUCAAGUUCAAUGUGAUCUUCAGUUACAAACAUCUCAAGACUUGCAACAAAGCCUUAUGCAACAACAACAACAGCAACAACAACAACAAAUUGGUGUAAACAUAAGUGGGAAUUCCUCGACAGAAGGGGGAGGUCAAAAUAAUACAGAAAAAUCCGAAAAGGAGAAAGAGCUACGUCAACUAAAUAUGACACAAUUUCAAGUGCCAGAUUUAAAACCAGGAGGUCACAUGAUGGAUGUACGAACAGCUGAUGGUUCAGUUGUGAAAAUCAGUGCUGGAAACGAACAAGAUUUAGCAAAAACUCUUGGUGUUGAAAUGGUCCAAAAUAUGUACAAGGUUAAUGUCGAAGACAUUAAUCAACUUUUAGCAUAUCAUGAAGUGUUUGGGAAGUUACAAAGCGAAAUAGCAGCAGGUACUACCUUGGUUGGAAGCACAGUUCCUACACAAACAGUUACCACUAUACAAAAUGGGACACCAAUUGUGCAACAAGUUCAGUUAAAUAAGUUUGAUAUUAAAUCAAGCGAUGGGGAAGCUACACCAGGGCCAAGUGCGUCACCAGUGUCAGUUGGAAGCCAUGCCUGUGAAAUAUGUGGAAAGAUUUUUCAGUUUCGUUAUCAACUUAUCGUACAUCGUAGAUAUCAUAUAGAAAGAAAACCUUUUACUUGUCAGGUGUGUGGCAAGGCUUUUCUAAAUGCAAAUGAUUUGACACGUCAUGGAAAAUGUCAUUUAGGAGGAUCUAUGUUCACUUGUACAGUGUGCUUUCACGUGUUUGCGAAUGCACCGUCACUAGAACGUCAUAUGAAGCGACAUGCUACUGAUAAGCCAUAUAAUUGUACUGUAUGUGGAAAAAGCUUUGCGAGAAAAGAACAUUUGGAUAAUCAUACUCGUUGUCAUACUGGAGAAACACCUUACAGGUGUCAGUACUGUUCAAAGACAUUUACUAGAAAAGAACAUAUGGUUAACCAUGUUCGCAAACAUACGGGUGAAACACCUCAUCGAUGUGAUAUUUGUAAAAAGAGUUUUACCCGGAAAGAACACUUUAUGAACCAUGUGAUGUGGCACACAGGAGAAACUCCACAUCAUUGUCAAGCCUGUGGUAAAAAAUAUACAAGGAAGGAGCAUCUUGCAAAUCAUAUGCGCUCACAUACCAACGACACACCAUUUCGUUGUGAAAUAUGUGGUAAGUCAUUUACAAGGAAGGAGCAUUUUACGAACCACAUAAUGUGGCACACGGGUGAAACGCCACAUCGUUGUGAUUUCUGCUCGAAGACAUUUACUCGAAAGGAACACCUUUUGAACCACGUUCGGCAGCAUACGGGUGAAUCACCUCAUCGAUGUGGCUUCUGUUCCAAAUCAUUCACCAGAAAAGAACACCUGGUUAAUCACAUUCGACAACAUACAGGAGAGACACCGUUUCGCUGUCAGUACUGUCCAAAAGCAUUUACACGGAAAGAUCAUCUGGUAAAUCAUGUCAGACAACACACGGGUGAGUCGCCGCACAAGUGCCAGUAUUGCACCAAAUCUUUCACGAGGAAGGAACAUUUGACAAAUCACGUGCGUCAACACACAGGCGAAUCGCCACAUAGAUGCCACUUCUGCUCCAAGUCAUUUACUCGUAAGGAGCAUUUAACGAAUCAUGUACGAAUUCACACUGGUGAAUCACCGCACAGAUGUGAAUUCUGUCAGAGAACGUUCACCAGAAAGGAACAUCUAAAUAAUCAUCUCCGACAACAUACUGGAGAUUCGUCACAUUGUUGUAACGUCUGUUCAAAACCGUUCACAAGAAAGGAACAUUUAGUAAAUCAUAUGAGAUGUCAUACCGGUGAACGUCCGUUUGUAUGCACAGAAUGUGGUAAAAGUUUUCCAUUGAAGGGUAACCUACUUUUCCACAUGCGUUCGCACAAUAAAGGAAGCAAUGCGGAAAGACCAUUCCGUUGUGACCUGUGUCCAAAAGAUUUUAUGUGUAAAGGGCACUUGGUAUCUCACAGACGUUCACAUUCGGACGAACGACCGCAUAGCUGUCCAGACUGUGGUAAAACGUUUGUCGAGAAAGGUAAUAUGUUGAGACAUUUGAGAAAGCACGCAGCAGAAGGACCGCCAACUCAAGUGAGCACUCCAUCAGCCAUUCCUCAAUCUGGUGUUCUACCAAUACCAGCGGCAGCUGUUUUAGUCGGACAUCCACUGGCGCCGCCAGCGCCACCAGUAGUGCCACAACAUACUGUUGUUGUGCCUACACCUCCUGGUGUGUUGACUUCCUAUUAAACCAAAUGAUGAAAGAGUAUGAAAGCAUUUGAUUUAAA